CGAGGCCUCCCAAAAUUUACAGUACCCCUCACCCUCACCCAAAACCUUUUCGAGAAAAUCAAAGCCAACGAACGCGACACCAGCAACCACAAGCCAUGGCUCCCACUCCCAAUAUCACAGAGGACGAAAUCGAUGACCUGCUCUACUUUGCCCGUACUGGAGAUCCCGAAGAGCUCAAUUCUGCAAAGACUGCCAUCUGCCAGCGAGAAAAUGUUUCUGUCCAGGGCUUGUUAGAGGUCGCGAAGGACGAAAAUACAGGCAACGGAGUUCUACAUAUGGCAGCCGCAAAUGGUUAUAAUGGUACGUCCCAAGGGCAUGUAUUCUGCUGCUUAUCUGCUGCAGAUGUUGGAAUAUAUUGAAUCCUACUCAUGGCUGACGAUGAAUCGCUCUAGGAAUUCUCCAAGAAUUAUGCAAAGACCUAUCGCAACCGACUCCUCAGAACCCCGCCAUGCUCGCCAUCAUCAACGCUCAAAAUAUUGCUGGUAAUACUGCGCUCCAUUGGGCUGCCUUGAAUGGCCAUCUGGAAUCAGUGAAAGUUCUACUAGAACAAGGCGCGGAUCCUACAAUCACGAAUCGGAGAGGCCAUGAUGCAGUUUAUGAAGCCGAAUUGAAUGACAAGAAAGAAGUCGUUGAGUGGGUUCUCAAAGAGGGCGGCGAAGGCUUGGAAGAGGGAGUCAGUGGAGAGGCAGGUGAAGGGGCUGCUGAUGACGGUGCGGAUGAGGACAUGAGCGAGGAGGACGCAAUCGUCAACAGCGAGGAUCUUUCGAAGAAUAUUGUGGAUGAAUUGAAGAGUAUGGGCAUUGAUGGUAAAGUCCCAACGACAUGAUACCCAGAAUCUCGAAUAUGUGAAUUCAGCGAUAAAAUCACCAAUUGGGGGAUACCUUGUCUCCGCCAUUCAUCCGCCCAGAUGAAGAAUUGUUCGUGGUCGACAUGACCCGGGGAUAUCCUGCUGCACAUUUUACCUCCAGUGGCGCGGUUUGCAUGGCCGUCACGCGGAUCUCAUCGAGCUCUCCGAGAAUAAGGACGAGUUACACGCUUGAUGGAAGUGCUUUUGAUUUGUCGGUAGAGGAUCCGUCAGCGGUUAAACUACUCAUGGCCUGUUUAUUUACGCAGCAAGAGUUCGCUACCAAUCGAAAUUCAGACGAGGAAGACCGUUGAAGAACAUUGGGUAAUGCCAACUCAAAAUUGAAAUUGGGUUCAAAUCUUUUCUGAAUCUUCUUUCUCAACGAUUGUUCAAG